UCUUUCGAUCGAUUUUGAAUAUUUUUUGAACAUGAGGGUGCUCUCAGUGAUUGAUUGAUUAAUACUUGGUUGGUGGAGUGAUUGAGAAGGUUGGUCGGAUUGAAGUCGCUUCUUGGCAACUCCAUGGAUCUUUUUAAACAUGGUUGGUGGCGGGAAACUUUUCAAUAUUUACCAAACGAUUGGCGAUAAAUAAUUCAAAAUGUUUGCGUGACGGCGAUUUAAAUUCUGUCAAUAUUUUUUAGAAAAUUUCUUAAAUAAAUCAGUUGAAAUCUACUCGACUUGCAAAGUGUCUGUCCAGCCCAAAAGGUGAGGCCUAAACUAAGAAAAAAUCAACCUUGAACAAUUAAACAUUCUGAAUUAAUAAGGAGUAGCACGACAGCCCAUUCCUUUUAUCGAGGUGAGAGGAAAAGAUUGAAACGUUUUACAGCUACCGAACGAAAGGAAAUGAAUCUUGUAUAUAGGGUUAUCGCAUCUAUAGGCCAGCAAUGUAUCGCAGGAUCCUUCGGCGCACGCGGUCCGGAAGCGCAGGCGGAAACGGAAACGCCGGAUUCAGUCUACAUCUACACCCGUAUAGCUUAUAGACAGAUCGAGUGAGUGAAUAUAGUGUAUAGCUCUUGUCGAAACGAAUGCAGAUAAUGCAAUAUUUAGCCUACAACAUAAUGUUUUCAACUGGAUAAUCAAUAAUGCAUCCCGAGAAGAAACGUUGCCAAUCGCCGUGGCAGCCGGCGCGUCAUUAAUCACACACACACGCAGUCUUCCUGCGUUAUGUGAAGUCGAUCCUUGUAGAGAGUAAAAGUACAGACUAUAGAUGGCUGGGGCUCUUUUGAGAGGGGAAAAACAGACUAGGCAAAGUUCAACUGAUGAAAAGCUCUGCAAUCUAUAAAAUGAACUGCUACAUAUAACACACGCGUGAACGGAAUGUGCGUUCUUACUAAAUCUAAAACUAAAUUUUGGAUCACCAAACGACAUUGACAUUGGAAAUAUAAAAAUAUAUCCCAUAUUAUAGGAGCUGGAAAGAUGUUUGGCAGUUUGACAUGGACAGGAUUCUUUGAGCGGGGCGAUUGUGUGAAACGAUUUCCAGAGCCAAGAAAAUCACUUCCGCAGUCGUCGUUUUAUUUGCAUUUGACCACGCAGUUUUCAAAUGGCUCUUUGGCGGUUGCCAAAUCACAAAUUCUUUUCGAAUGAAAUCGAAUUCUAAACGUCAAGUAUAGUGUACCAGCCGCCCAGCUGAAAUCAGUGGCAAGUGACAAUAACAAAUUUGUCCUUCAUCCCUUCCGCUUAUAAAUAGACGGGAAAGGGGGAAUCAUUAUUGGUUUAUUUUGGCAUACGUCUUUGUAGGCUUGUUUGGUCGAGAAUAUUUGCACAACAGGAAGACAUGACGAUAGUUUUGGCAGGGUCCCUUUUUGCCAUUGAAAGUUCCAAUCCAAUUCAGAGUAUAUUACCAGCGUUGAGAUUAGUGUUACGCAAACAUUGGAUCAAGUCCUUGCACAUUAAGCGCUCGAAAAGACCAAUUAGUUGGGCUAUACGUAUAGCGUGUUUGUUUGGCGGAAAAAACCAACCAAAACAAAGAAUUGAAUAUUUUGUCUGGGGGUCACACUUUGUUGAUUUGUGUAGGAUAUCUGCUGGCUGGUAUAGUCGUUAUAGGAUAGCCUUUUGAUUGUUUUGGUUGGCAGUGGCAGUAGCCAAACACAAAGAGCAGGAGAUGCACCUUCAUGAGCCCGACGGAUCCCUCACAGUCUGUGAUUAGCUGCCAAAAAGCCUCGUGCCGUUGCAUUUAUCAAAAAUCUGUGGACAUCCUCGGUCCCUCCCCCGUCCGCCCCGAACAACAACAACCAAAAAAACACCAAAAAGAAAAAAGAAACGAGUGUGUCGUCUAUUGGACCACCUCAUACAUCACUGCGCUCGCGUUUUUUCCUCCCCGCAUGUUGCUGCCCAUCAUCUAUAGGCCGAAAACAUUUCCAAAAUUCAUUUUCAGGACAAUGUCACGAAUUUAAAAACCAAAUCAAAAUCUACUCUUUGCAUUAUGCAACAGCCCCACCCCUUAAAAAAAUAAUGAUAAAAUCUCGUCGUAUAUUUUUACAAGUCGAUUGAUCAUCUACCUAACACGAUGCGUCGUCAUCAACUUUAAAUUGAUUCAGAGUUUAUUAAACAAAAGUGAACGAGUUAUAUAGUCUUUUAUAAGCCAAAGUCUAGCGCUGGGUACGUGGACAUUUCAGCUUCAUAACUUUGCGUCAUCUUGUCUUGUGUGGUGGUCUCCGUUGGACGGUCGCGGUAUUAUAACAAGGCGGAUUGCGGAAACGCAUUUCAACAACGUCGCCAUCGUACGUCGUCGUAUACGGAAGCCAGUCUAAUGAUAUGGCCGGGACUGUUGUUGUUGUUUGAUUUCUUUCGGCAACAUUUCCGAUGAUGACCCUCCCCGCAUCUGAAGGUUCCAGCGUGACGUCUUGAGCAUCUCGGCUUCUUCGGCACUCUGCCAGACUGGUGCGGCGGCGCGGAAGCUCCUCCGCGGAUACGUGCCGAGCUUUUGCGGCCGCUUUUGGCUUGUUUUCUUUUGCCUGAUUCCUCAGACUUGCCUCCCUCCCUUUUCAAUCGGCGGCUGCAAAACCACUUGAGUAGCAGCGAAGGAUUUUUUCGAGUCUCAUUUUUCACCGUGCGAGUUGUUCCCAGUGUGCAUUCACAACGGACGGCCGUAUAGACUUACUUUUUUCGGGGAAAUCCACGUUUCCUGAUGGCCGCUAACAAGUGACGCCCAGUGACAAGUGUGUUCCAGACAAAAUGAAAGCUUGAUUGACGAUACGCCGCUCGUUGGGUGCGUCCGACAUCGCCCAAUAAAUGUUACGUAAUUGAUUCGUUUUUUUAGUGAAACUCUGCCCGCCAAAUCAUUUGGAUUCAAGUGAAGUUUUGAUCGACAGACAUGGGCAAAGUUGUGGACGUUCUCAAAGCUAUUUUGACACGUCUCAUUUUUGCUGGCCACGGAUUUAUAGCAAUAUGGAGAGUGACGACCAUCAAGGAAGAUCCUGCCUACUGGUACCUGUCGAUCUCGCUGCUGGUACUCGCCUUCGAGGGAAUAUUCACACUGACUAUCAAAGCCAACCAGGAAUGGAGAUGGUUUUGCCCGAGUGUUUUUCUUUACUUGUCGAGUGUUGUGCCGUCCAUUUGGCUUCUCGAGUUCGACAAAUUAGACAAACGACUCGAAGAACGUGAAGGGCUUAAUGUGUCGGUGUCGGUGUUGAAUGGCACCACGGAGGAGCUUUCAAAUUCCACGGAUAUUGCUGUAAGUAUAUUUUCAGUAGAGUUUGACACCCGCCACAUUAUAAGUGAUGUUACACAUGAUGCCAUUAUUUCUCAGGGUGUCAAGAUUCCUUUAGCAUUGUCGGCAGAAAGAUGGGCCACCGUCAUCCAGCAGCUUCUGAUGCUCAUCCUCAUCAUUGGGCGGUGGCUGUUACCAAAAGGUGAUCUGACUAGGGAUCAACUAUCUCAGCUACUGUUGGUUUACAUUGGAACGGCAGCGGACAUUAUCGAGUUUUUCGACUCGUUCAAGGACGAUAAAGUGGCCAGCAAUCGUGUGUUGUGUAUCAUUAUCCUAGCCAUUUGGUCGUGGAGUUUGCUUCAGUUUACCAUGGUCUUGACGGCCAGUCCGACUAAAACCAAGAAAGCCAAAGUCCGGGUGAAAGAAAAGAAACACAACUGUUGCCACACGGCCAAAAACGUCUGUUGUUCCGUCGACGUUUGGUCCAUCCUCAUCAAUAUCAUUUUGCAAGAUGCCCCUUUUUUCAUCUUUCGAUUGUUGCUGAUUCUGCACUACAAAAUUAUCAGCGAAACCAACAUUUUUUUCACUUGCAAGAAUACCUUGGUCAUUACUCUUCAGUUCUACCGGCUGAUUGUCGUCCACGCUGAAAAGCGCAAAGGAUUCAAAUCGAGCAAGCAAGGGGAAAUGAUGACGAGCAAGCAACUGUCGAGCAAUGCCAGCAAGAAGCGAGGCACUUCUCCAGGUGGUGGUGGCGGUGGAGUUGAUUCGACUCGAAAUCUUCGUGGCACAAGGAUCGUCAAAGUCAAUCCCGGUUCUGUUAGCGGCGGCAGCCGCGGUUCGAAAUUGCCGCCGAAACGGGCCGUGGCGAAAUUAGUGCGCACGGCUUCCGAGGACGACGGAGCCGCCGUCUAUCCAAGUCCCGCCCACAGUGGCGCUUUUCUCCUUCACACCGAAAACGACACGUCAUGGAGACAAUAUUCCAGGGGAAGACGACGGUCAUUAUCGACAGGCGAUUUGAGUGUGACGGCGGAAAUGUCGGUGGAAAUCGAUUCCAGUCCGGAUCGGUCGACGUGUUUCAGUGCCGACUUGGGAGGAGGUUGCGAUGAGGUCGGCGACAUCGAGUCGGAUUUCGAAGCCGAAAGGCUCAGCAAUUUAGAAGAAGAGGAUAACGACAAUGAAGAGGUCAACGAUGACGUCGAAUCGCAGAGUUCCCCCGAACUGGAAUAUUCCAGGGAGAAGGCCACCACUGCUUUCAAUGCAGACAGAAAACGAAGAGGCAACAGUCGCUAUGGCACAGUCGAUGAAGUGAGAUCCAUCCCGUCACCGAAACCAAGAGCUGGAACCAGUCAAGGGCGCCCAGUUCCAAUGCCCCGCAAGGCAGCUGUACCCAUGCAGCCACUCAACAGAUCACCUACCAACCGUUCAGUGUCCAGUCGAUGUUCAACCAAUCAAUCGAAAGACAAAAAGCGCACGACACGCCAGGAUACCGGAUACUCUACCGGUUCCUCUGCUUCUGCUCGAGAAUCGCAAGGCAACGGGAAACGAGUGCCGGGACGGGCUAUGACUCCCAGCCGAGAUGGCCGUGACCAAGAGAGCCGAAGAGGAGCGGCUCGACCAAGGGAUCUAGGGCGACCAAUCCCAGGUUCUUCCAAGGGAUCCAAUCUCCAGGAACUUGAGCUUUGCGAGCUGAGCAGUCCGACGCGAGUCAGUCGCAGUUCCAGCAAAUCGAAUCGUCCCAGUCGCAAAUCCAACAGUGGUAGCAGCAGCAGACGUGAGCCGUCGGUUGACUACGACGAAGGAGGGCAGGACAAUUGCAGUUUAGGCGGUGAAGAUGAGAGAGAGGAUGAAUUCCAUUUGGAAGCCGUUUCCAGGCAGACGUGACGCCGCUUGUUCGCCAUCAUGGUCCUCAUGUUUGUUUUCCUAGUCAUUCUUUGCUUUUCGAUUUUGUUUAUGUACGCGGCCAUCCAUCCGGAUGGACUGGUCAUUUUCAGUCAAGCCACUCUCAUGAACACUCGAGUCCCAACUAGUCCGACAGUCGUGGGACGCAACGCUAGCCACAAACCCAGCCGAGGCCCACCGGGCGUCACCGUGGCUCCAAUCGAUCCUUGGUGGAUCCGUUUGGCCGAAACGGAGAGCCCUCCGACCCGCGAUAUUCCGGACGGAAGAGACACGAUUGUCGACUGGGUCAAGAGAGUGAGAAUCAAGGUGGCGAACGAGUCCACUAAAGCCUUUCAUAUGCAACCAAUAACUAAGUCUGCCUUCGCUAGCACAACGUUCAAACCCAAAUUCACCAGGACGAGCACGACCACGCCCAAAUCUCGUGACAUUCCUCAGUACGACGAAAACGCCAUCUUGUAUAAUUACAAGUCUUACGGGACAUCCAUUAUCAAAGUCAACACUCGCCCCUAACAUUUUAUUAGACGACUUAGAUUUUCACUCAGACUGAACGCUAAACUAAUAAUAACCCCCGAUAGUUAACUGACUUUAUUUUUCUCUUGAUCAUCUUCCCGUCACCCAACUUGCUCCCAUAAGGAGCAAAACCACAGGUCUUGUGUAAUCAGGUAAUGUCAAAUUCCCCCUUUUUUCUUGUAUAUUUUUUCAAUUGAGAUAAGAUAACUAUUUCAUCCAUUACACUGGAACGAUUUAAAGGCAGGCGCUGAUGUAGUGAAAAUUAAGAAACCCGAACCAGCAAUAAGAUUUCCUCGUUCAAAGUUGAGCAUUUAUUGGUGGAAACUAAUCAGUAGAUUAAAGUGAACUGCUGGAAGUCUGGAUUACUGUUGAAAAUAAUAUGUUUAAAGCGGAUAUUUCUGAUAUUUUGUUUUGUCUCUAAGACGGAUUUCAGGAUUUGUUUCAUCUAGUGAACUAGACAAACUUAAUACGCUCGCAGGAUGAGAUUGUAUUCCUCGUUUAACAUUUUAAAGUUUAUUGUGGGUGUAGAAACUUAUUAGUGUUUAGCUUGGCUCUUCAAUCCUUGGUUCACGUCUGACUCCAAACGAAUAAAAUUAUUUUAUUAACAAUUUAAUUGCCUAAAUUGGUCCAUCCUCUUUCAAGCUGAGCUCGAUCGUCUGGGUUUCAAAAAAUAAAAGUUAUUUCGAUGGAAUGAUCUCAUUUCAAGUUUUAGGUUAUGAUCAACGAUGCGUUCGCAAGAGUUGCUUUAGCUUACUUUCUGUUAAUUAUAUUAACCCCGUUAAUAAGUGGAGUCGUUUUCUUGUCCAGUUUUAUUUAUCAUCAAGCGUUGCUAUAAAUCUGUUACUAAUUUUGUAUGAUGUCACUGUUUCAAUAAAAUUGUUAACCAUAA